ACCGCCACUUCAUCACGGCAAGCAUAUGCCUUCUAAUAUUCUAGGAAACCUUCGCUAAUAAAUUCCCCUCUUAACCCCCUCCCCCCCUUUUUUUGUAUCUUCAUCAUCAUCAUAUUUCAUAUCACACCAACCCAUUUUAAUUUGCAUUUGAUCUUCUUCAUAGACAUAUAUACACUAUCAUAAUAUUAGUUUCUUCCUUAAAUUUUGGUUGUUUUUAACGUUAUGAAGUUUGGGAAGAGACUCAAGCAACAAAUUCAGGAAUCGUUGCCGGAGUGGAGGGACAAGUAUUUGUCGUACAAGGAAUUGAAGAAACUUGUACGGCUCAUAUCGGCGGCGCCGCCUACCUUGUUGAAUGGGUCGUUGGAAUUUGGCAAGACGGAGGCUGAGUUUGUGUACUUGUUGAACAAUGAAAUAGACAAGUUCAAUGGGUUCUUCAUGGAGAAAGAGGAGGACUUCAUUAUUCGCCACAUGGAAGUACAACAGAGAAUCCAGAGAGUAGUUGAUUUGUGGGGACCAAAUGGAAGUCAACCUUCAGAAGAGGAUUAUAAAGAGGAGAUGGCGAAAAUCAGAAAAGCUAUUGUUGAUUUCCAUGGUGAAAUGGUUCUCUUAGUCAACUACAGCAACAUCAAUUACACAGGGUUGGCAAAAAUUCUGAAGAAAUACGACAAGAGGACAGGGGGGCUUCUGCGUUUGCCGUUCAUCCAGAAAGUGUUGGAGCAGCCCUUUUUCACAACAGAUUUGAUUUCAAAGCUCGUGAAGGAGUGCGAGAGCAUAAUUGAUGCAGUGUUCCCGGCCGAGGAAGAAGCUGAAAGAGCAAAGGAAGCAAAAGAGGCGAUAACUGUGGCAGGAAAAGGGAUUUUCAGAAACACGGUUGCAGCUUUGCUUACACUGCAAGAAAUCAGAAAAGGUAGCUCCACAGAGAGCCCUUUUUCUCUGCCUCCACUCAAUUUGCCGGACUCUGAUCUCAUCCAAUCAAUACAGCUCAAUGCUGCAGUUCCUAUUGUCUAGGGAAAAUGAUGAUGUAACUAGAUGAAAAAUAGUUACCACAGUAUGGUCGGAAAAUAGAUAGUUAUAGUAGUGUGUUUGGAUUUCUGUUCCAACACCUCAAACGCCCGUUCAUUUCAAUCCAUGCAUAGAGAAGCUUUUCUGUUUGGGUACAUUGCAACGUGUGCGGAUAGUUAUUCAAACACAUCCACAGUGUUACAAUGGGAUGUAAUAGUAAUACAGUUUGCUAGUAAUUAGUGAGUUAAUCAAACUAUAUAUCCUUUUGAUGAAGUAACACAUCAGUUACUUGAAAUGAGUAACUAGCCAUUUCAAUGCUAUUUAGUGACUAUUGGUUAGGGCAUUUAAAUUUUAUUUCAGUGUGAUAUGGUCAACAUACUGGGUUUUCUAUGAAUUAGGAAAUAAAACAGUUAUGUUAUGUCCA